CAACAAAUAAACAAAACAGUCCAGUCCAGUCCAGUUCAGUCCAACAGUGCAAAGUCGUGUGAGCUCUGGUUAACUUUUGGUUGAUCAGAUUACGGCAUAGCUGCUCCACCGAAACUCUCCGAAAACCGACCUAAAAAUCACAAGUGCCGUUAGUUACGGUGUCGGUCGCGGUCAGCGUGAGACCCACUCCUUCACCGAAGACAGUGGAGACAUUUCUCAAUUCUCAUCAACGACAAUCCUCAUACACUUACAAAACCACAAUUAUGGCUCCCAAGCAUCAAAACGAAGGCGGCGAUGCUGCUCCAGAGGCAAAGAAGCCCAAGCAUGGCUUCAGAGUCGGCCCAGAGAAUUUACCAGACGGUCCUUGGCGACGAAAAGUCACAAAGGUCAAGAAGGAGUUGAUUCACAAGGCAAAGGUCAAGAAGGCUUAUGCAAAGAUCAAAGCUCGUGAACAACAAAAUGCGCCAGCACCAAAGACGAGCGAGCCUGUCCAAGAUGAGGCUCCUGUAGAAGACACCAGCGAGGAGAAGCAACCUGAGGAAGAGGGCGAAGAGAUGCAUCCCACACGACAGCUCAUGCUUGCAGAUGAAGCCAAGGCACAGGAGAACUCCGUCGGUGAGCCCACUAGUGAUGGCAACAGACGGCGCACCAGACGACCAGGCUACUACGACAAGCAACUCGCCAAAGCAGCACAGCGCCAGGAGGAGGCUGAGAUGAAGCGGCGGGAGUUUGAGCGCAGACAGGAAGAGAGGGCGCAGAAGAUUGCUGAGAGGGAGAAGUUCAAGAAGGCCAUGGCUAAGACGAGGGAUCGUAAUGGAAACAAGAAGCUUGGCAGGGAGAGUUCUUUAUUGCUGGAUAAGGUCAGGAAGCUUGUUGCUGAGAAGUGAAAGCCGAUGUGAGGAACGGCUUAGCAAAGCAUGAAUUCUGCGUUGAGGGCGUUCAGAGGUUCUGUUAUCGGGUUAGACAAAAGUUGACACAAGUUUGAUACCAUAUGACCGCUAUAAUCGAAUCAAUCCAAGGUCAGAUAAUAACAAAUUUCGAAGUGCUUUUCUUGGUUCUGGCGCGGUAUGAUACAUGAUAGAGAGG